UACUUUAAACAGUAUCAAUUCUUGUUGCUUUCCGAGAUAAAUAUUAAGUUAAUCCUAUGCAUAAUUAUCUUAUCAAACGUGACUUUUUUAUCAUUGUUUAAAACCCAGUAGGUUUUCACGUGGUGUGUAUAUAUUUGGUAUUUCGUCAAAUUUAGUUUUUAAAAAAGUGUCGAAAAAUGUUAAAAAAUGUGUCAAGGGCCUUAUUACGUGAAGGAAGAAAAGUAUACAAACAUAAACUACAUUCCAAACCUAACUUUACUAAGAAUAAUUACGAUGUUGUAAGAGGAAAUUAUAAUUACGUCGAAGAAGAGCACUUAAAUUAUUUUCGAAGCCUUCUCGGGGAGUCUCGAAUUUUCACAGAUUUGUCAGAUCUCGAGAAAUACAAUGUGGACUGGAACAGAUAUUUAAGAGGAGCGAGUCAAAUUGUUUUAAAACCAAAAACGACCGAAGAAGUCUCAAAAAUAUUGACAUUCUGUAACCACCAUCGCCUGGCAGUGAGCCCCCAGGGGGGCCACACGGGAAUGGUGGGAGGGGCAACCCCAGUUUUCGACGAAGUGAUUAUUUCGACCGAACUCAUGAACGAAAUUAUAAGUCUCGAUGAAAAAGCCGGUAUUUUAACGUGCCUAGCCGGUUGUGUUUUACAAAACUUGGACGAAUAUUUAGCUGAGCGAAAUUUGAUUUUUCCGCUUGAUUUAGGAGCCAAGGGCUCUUGUCAGAUCGGGGGCAACGUCUCGACAAAUGCUGGCGGCUUGAGAGUCCUCAAGUACGGCAAUCUGCACGGAAAUGUGCUAGGUUUAGAGGCGGUGCAAGCCAAUGGAGUUGUUCUAGAUUUUCUAACAUGUCACAAAAAGGACAACACUGGCUAUCACCUCAAACACUUAUUUAUUGGCUCCGAGGGGACCUUGGGUGUUGUGACCAAAGUAGCAGUUCAGUGUAAAUUGCGGCCAAAAUCGCUCCAUGUUGCGUUCCUUGGCUUGCAAAGUUUUGAUAAAGUGUUGCAAACUUUCUACAAGGCUAAGCAAGACAUGGAUGAGAUUCUCACAGCUUUUGAAGUGAUUGAUGCGCCAAGUAUGGAUUUGGUGACGAGUAAACUGGAGCUGGAGUCUCCAAUCGGGGAUUACCCGUUUUAUGUGUUGAUUGAAACGACGGGAAGCAAUGAGGAACAUGAUGAAGAAAAAGUGAACCAGUUUUUGGAGAGCUGUUUGAAGAAACACCACAUCUUGAAUGGAACUGUGACCGGGGAGAUUAGUAAAGCAAGGGGGAUUUGGCAAUUGAGGGAAAAAAUUCCAGAAGCUUUUAAGUACGAUGGGUAUGUUUUUAUGUACGAUAUUUCGCUCCCUUUGGAUCAUUACUACAAACUAGUGGACGAUAUGAGGGAGUAUAUGGGGGAUAAGUCGCAUCGAGUUUACGGUUUUGGACACAUAGGCGAUGGCAACAUCCACUUGCAAAUCUCUGUAAAAGAGUUCAGUCCUGAAAUGAAGAGUUUCAUCGAACCAUACAUCUUCCAUCAAACAAAAAAAUACAACGGAAGCAUCAGUGCGGAACACGGGAUGGGUUUCCUCAAGGCAAAGUAUCUACACAUGAUGAAAACCCCCGAGACUAUCAAUUUGAUGAAAAAUGUGAAACAGAUGAUGGAUCCAAAUGGCAUACUCAAUCCUUACAAGGUCUUAGUGUAAGAAUUUAUUAUCAUAAAUAUUAAAACAGA